UUUUUUUUUAGAAGCUUUACAUACCUACUUAUGGUAAACGUUUUUUUUUUACUACGUCUAUCUCGUAAUUGCAAGAAGAAUUAAAAAAUGUAUCUAUAUAUCUAAGAGCAAUAUUUGAAUGGACAGUUCUUAUCGCCUUCACAGAGGUCUAAUCUAAUAAUACUGGCUAGAAAAUAAACGACAUCUGUGAAGAAGAAUACACGUAAGAAGCAAAAAUUGUCUUCUCAGUACAUUUUCACAUUUGUCAUGUUAUUCAAAACAUCUAUGGAGACUUUAUAAAUUUAUAAUGGAAUUCUUAAAAUCUACUCUACAAAAUCUCUAAUGGAAAAUAUGACAAGGGUGAAAAUGUCUUAAUCUCCAAUAUCAAAACACUUCAUAUCAGAAAUGGCAUGCUGUUGUAAACCUGGUCGAUCAAACAAAUCGUCUGCGAGCUGUUUAGGCCGCUGCGAUUUGCCCAAACACCGUUGCCUAGAGAAGGAUGAAGUCAAACCCGGCCCCGUACCGAAACACAUGGGAUGGCUCUAUACAGCUAAAGAUGCCCCUGAGCAUCAGUUACGUUGCGGCUGGCGACCAGGCCACAUUUCGUGCCCCGUUCUGAAGCGCAUCGAGCAACACAACUGUAUGAAAGCAAGCGACUGCUCUGCGUGUCCAGCUGUUUGCAGUAAACCAUGUUGUAUGCCACCGAAAUGUUUAGCAGUAUGCCCCUCAACAGUCUCAUGCUGUAAACAGCCACCGUGUACCCAACCUCUCAUUAGAAUCAUACGCCACGGUGGACAGUAUACCAUUUGUACUAAACCUUCAAACAUCAGCAAUGCACCAUCUGGACCAUACCCAUUAAAAUAUGUUCUCAACACUGACCCUGAUGAUGUGUCCACAACUAACGUAAAAUACAGCGUAGAAGCGAAGUUCAAUGACUACCAUUUUGACUAUACAAGCUCUCAGACUUCAUUUGUUUUGGACUUCUCACCUCCAGAACAAAAGUGCUACAAACCAUGCCCAAAGAAGAGUUUGAUAUGUAUGGCAAACUAAGGAGAAAAUCUACAUUACCUGGAAGAGUUGAAUUUUAAUUUUAAUAAUGUUAUAGUAAAUAGAAACUAAUGCAACAUCCUGUAAAUUUUCAAUAAGCUAAAUAAAAUGAAAUUAUA